AUGUCCAAUUCGGCAGCGCUAUUUUUCUAUGGUUACGAAUUGUCCUCUUAUUCUUUGAAGGUUCGCAAUAAAUUAUUAGUCAAUUUCGAAAAAAUAUUGAGUGAAUCGCGGUUUUCUCGAAACUUGACGCCAGAACCCAUCAAUGAAGAACAACAUGAUGAUGAUCUACAAUUUGAUAAUGAAUCAGCUUUAUCGAUUCAUACUCCGGUUGGUCUUCACUGUCCAUUGGUUGAACUAUUGGCUUCGACAGAUAAUGAAAAAAAUGGUGCAGUUCCAAAUGAGGAAAAUGGGCCAUCACUUAGACAAGACCCACAUGACUACAAUGCGGAUUUGUAUCAAGAAAAAAAGGAAUUGAUCGGCCGAUUCCACUCUGACUUAUCAAAUCCGAAUUUAAGAAAGCGAUUGGACGAAAUUCAACUUGAAAUUCUUGAAAGACGAGAAAGUAAAGUUAAAAAUUUAGUUCAGGAUAGAUUCAAUGAAAUUCUUGAUGAAUUAAAUAAUGAAUUGAAAGAAAAGAAUAAAUCCAAAAAUCCUGAGAAAUCGAGCGAUUCCGCCGAACCUUCAGACAAAGAUAAAAUAAUUGUUGAUACAUCAAUUAAUGAGAAUCGAAAACGUGCUCAUGAAAAUGAUGACGAUGCUAUAGUUUUUAGAGCGCAACAAAAUAAAAAGCAACGAGUACAAGAAUGUUUGUCCGUUACAAAUAAAACCGAUUGUCUUAGAAAACCUAGAUCAUCAUUUCAUGAGCCAUUACCAGAAAUUCGGAAGUCCGUCCGUGACGAUAAGAUAGCUACAGGACUUGAUAUCGAAUCCUAUACUCCACCUGGCUCGCCUAUCAAAGAAACAGCACAAUCUUCUCAAGAUUCGGAACCAAAACAAUCGACCCAAUUGCUAGCUGAUAAUUCAAACGAAACUAAUGACACCGUCACAAUUGAACAAUCUCCAAAUGUCCCGAUUAAAAAGUAUUAUAAUUCACCAAUGGGAUUAUAUAGAGAUGAAUAUGGCAUGGACAUUCGUAUCCCUUAUUUUUAUCAUUUUCGAUAUUUACAUCAUGAAAUCCCUUACAUUCUUGAUCGAUCAUUUAUGACUAGAAUUGAGUUGUUAGCGUCAAAAAGAGAUGCUGAAAUUCAGCAUUUUUUCAGUGAAUGUGGAGUUAAAGUAGAUGGAUUAAAAGCGAAAUGGGUUGUUACAUCUUGCGAAUUUUGA